GAGGAAUCAAAGAUGAACUUGGAGCAGGAGAGGCCUUUUGUCUGCAGUGCCCCAGGCUGCUCACAGCGUUUUCCAACAGAGGAUCAUCUGAUGAUUCACAGGCACAAACAUGAAAUGACUUUGAAGUUUCCUUCAAUAAAAACAGAUAAUAUGUUAUCAGAUCAGACUCCUACACCAACACGCUUUCUGAAGAACUGUGAGGAAGUGGGCCUCUUCAACGACAUCGAUUGCUCCCUAGAGCACGAGUUUAGGAAGGCACAAGAAGAAGAGAACAACAAAAGGAAUAUCUCCAUGCAUAACACAGUUGGAGGAGCAAUGGCAGGACCUGGAUCUCACCAGCUGACAAAUACAAGGAUGCCAAACCAUGACACCAGCGUCGUGAUUCAACAAGCCAUGCCAUCUCCACAGUCCAGUUCAGUCAUUACGCAAGCACCUUCCACAAAUCGACAGAUUGGGCCUGUCCCAGGUUCUCUGUCUUCUCUACUGCACCUACACAACCGACAAAGACAGCCUAUGCCUGCCUCUAUGCCUGGCACCCUGCCCAACCCCACCAUGCCUGGAUCUUCUGCUGUACUCAUGCCUAUGGAGCGACAAAUGUCAAUGAACUCCAACAUCAUGGGGUUGCAGGGGCCGAACCUCAAUAAUCCGUGUGCUUCACCUCAAGUCCCCCCAAUGCAUUCAGAAGCCAAAAUG